UCAAUACCCAAGUUAAAGAACUUAUUAGCACGCUACGCAAAUAUCUGCAUUAAAUCAAUCAUAAAUAAUUUACACCAGAGUGGUAAACAGUCGUCAGAACGCUUUGCAAAGUGUUUCCAAGCCCGGGCACGGCCCGUAGCGUGUGGGCUUUGCCCCAAACGUCCUGUAACAUGGUAGCAGACACCGACCAUCCCGCUGCUUCCGUCAGUCACGACAAAGACAAUACCGAAGCCGAUAUAACUGAACCUUCACACAAAUCCAUCUUUGACGUAGUCAAAUCUGGCGAACUCUCUGAAAUCGAGGAACUUGUCGAAAACCUUGGCACGCAAAUCCUGCGAGAACGUGAUGAAUGGGGCUACACGCCGGCUCAUUGGGCCGCUCUGGACGGCAGUGUGGAGAUAAUGCGGUAUUUGGUAGACAGAGGAGCCCCAAUUGACUUACCCUGUCUCGGAACGCAAGGACCAAGACCCAUACAUUGGGCCUGUCGCAAGGGACAUGCAGCUGUAGUUCAGGUUUUACUCCAAGCGGGAGUUGGAGUAAAUGCUGCUGAUUUCAAAGGGCUGACCCCCUUAAUGACGGCUUGCAUGUUCGGGAGGACUGCAACAGCAGCGUUUUUGUUAGGAAUGGGAGCUUUGAACCAUUUGGUCGAUAUUAACGGGGAUACAGCAAUGCAUUGGGCGGCUUAUAAGGGACAUGCGGACUUGAUUCGAUUGUUAGUCUACUCGGGGGCUAAUUUGCAAAAACCGGAUCAUUUUGGGUCGACCCCCUUGCACCUAGCGUGUCUUUCAGGGAGUGUCACUUGUGUGAAACUACUCUGUGAGAAGAGUAAUAUUGAUUUGGAACCAUUGGAUAAAAACGACAAAACGCCUUUAAUGUUGGCCCAAAGUCACCGUCACAGCGACAUCGUCCAAGUCCUCGAAUCGGAGAAGAAACGUCGAUCUAGUUGGUUUCCUCCAGUCAACGAAGUUUGGGGUCUUUUAUUCGGGAAAGCAGGGAAUUCGAAAGCACCACUCGUAUUCUUCAUGUGUUCAGUAUUACUCUGGGGGUACCCCAUGUACGUCAUUCGGUGUAUUCCCAUAACUUGGAACAUUCUACGAGGGUCACAUUAUUGUUUCAUUUAUUGGAAUAUUGUUAUGUGGAUAUGUUGGAUAACAGCAAAUCGAAAAAACCCCGGCUAUAUCCCGGUUAACACCGAUUCGUACCAUCGAGCAAUAAAACAGAUCCCUUAUUACGACAAAUGGAAGAAGAGAUACGCGGUUUUGAACCGACUUUGUCACACUUGUCGAUGUUUGAGACCUUUGAGGGCUAAACAUUGUAGAAUUUGCAACCGGUGUAUAUCUUAUUUUGACCACCAUUGCCCUUUUAUUUACAAUUGUGUGGGUUUGAGGAACCGAACUUGGUUCUUUCUGUUUGUUAUGAGUGUUGCUAUAAAUUGUUCUUUUACGAUUUAUUUCGCUACGUACUGUAUAGCCAUUGAAGGGUUUGGCAUUUUGUACAUUUUGGGACUUUUUGAAGCGUUUGUUUUUUCAGGAUUGGGAUGGAUUUUGACGUGUACUUCGAUUUUACACGCCUGCAUGAAUUUGACCACAAACGAAAUGUUCAAUUAUAAACGUUAUCCUUAUUUGAGGGACAAGAGAGGACGUUAUUUUAAUCCAUUUUCAAGGGGACCGAUUUUAAACUUGAUCGAAUUCUUUUUCUGCACACCGGAAGAAUAUGAUGACGAUUAUGGUUAUGAUUAUAUAUGAUAUACAAGAAAUAAUAGUUGUAAGAAAAAUGUCACCACAAAAUAGGUAUUUUACACAAUAUUAUAUAAAUUGUUUGCUGACACUUAUUCAAGUGGCUUGGUUUUUGCAAUGCAAAAUCUUGUAUUUAUUAUAUGAAAUAAAUUUUAU